CUUGGUUAUAAGAAAAGGCAUCGGCUCAGUAGCUCAGCAUCCUUUGCAAGCGGACCCCGAUCCUCAUCUGAUUAAAGCGGUAUCCGGGGAGUCUGAACACGAGUUGAAUACUGUCAACUAGAAAGCCUGCCUCAUUGGAGUUGGGGUGAGCCAGGGUUUAAUUAAGAAAUAUUCCCUUUACACGAUUUAAAAAUGAUGGCAUGCACCGAGAUGAUCACGAUGUGCCUCCAGUCUGCAAAACAGCAGCACCUGCACGCCAAGCAGCAGCAACAACUGCUGCAGAAGAACCCCCCAAGACAAGGGCUUUCCAUUCUGCACGAUAUUUUUCGAAGAGCUGACAAGAAUGAUGACGGGAAGUUGUCCUUUGAGGAAUUUAAGAUGUAUUUUUCAGAUGGGAUCCUCAGCUCAGAGGAACUGCGUGAGUUGUUCUACACAAUUGACAGACGUCAUACCAACAACCUGGACACAGAGAAGCUGUGUGAUUACUUCUCUGAACACCUCGGCGAGUACCUCGAUGUUCUCUCCGCUUUGGAGAAGUUGAAUAUCGCAAUCCUAAAAGCUCUGGACAAAACCAAAGAGGAAUAUCAGAGCUCCUCUCAGCUGAGCCAGUUUGUGACACGGUUUCUUCUGCGGGAGACGUCCAGCCAGUUACAGUCCCUGCAGGGCUCACUAGAGUGCGCUAUGGAGGCGGUGGAGGAGCAGAGUUGCAAAGGAAGGAUGGACAUGAAGAAGCCUGAGGCUCUCUCUGUGCAGCGGACUGGACGGCGAUGUGGCCGAAGGACCCAGAAGAACAUGUGCCUGUCCCCUACAGACCCCUACUCAGGCAUGCUCACCUCAGGGAUUUGUGUUGAGCCAGACAACCACUGGGCGUCACAGAUCUCCAGACUCCAGCAGCUCAUUGACAAGCUGGAGUGUAAGAGCCCCAAGCUGGAGCCCCUCAAAGAGGACACCAUUGCUGGCCCUUACAAAGCUAACAUCCUGUUGGUGCAGAGACAGAUGCCUGUAAUGGAGGAGAUGCUGGAAGAGUUCCGUCAGGCUCUCAAGUGCUACACUGACAACACAGCCAGCCAGAGCUGCAGCUUGCAUGUUUCAGUGCAGAAGCUCCCUGAAGAAUCCUGCUUCAUAAUGUAUGAAUUCUGGCAAGACAGAAACUCGUGGACAAGCUAUCUCCAGUCUAAUGCUAGUAAGAUGUUCCAGCGCAGUGUCAUUGACUUCCUGGAGAGCCCCGAGCUUGUCACCACCAUGCUGCUUCCAGCCUCCUGGUGGAUUAUGAACAACAACUGACAGUGCUGUCUGUACCCACACUGCUCCUGAAAAUGAAAUUCCAGUCUGAAAUCCCAGUUUUGAAAUGAUUAAAAGACUAACACAUGUGCAGCCCCCCUAGAACCCGCGAUGGCAACUAUACUUCUAAUGACAGGCCUGCUAGUCUUUUCUAUGUAAAAUCUGGAAGUAAAGAAAAAAAAAACUUUGACUUUGGCUUUGCAGCAAUCAAAUUCUAAAAUUAGCGCUGGACUUUUCCCCCAAGGAUAAGACUGGAAACGUUGGCAUUAUGAUAGAUAAAAACAGGCUUAUCAGUGAUAUCUGUAACCUGCAGGGAAAAAAAAGGUUACCUAACAGGGUUUCUGAACCAGCUUAUAUUUAGUUUAAAUAUAUUUUCUCAAAAAAUAUGCAACAGUACCCUUAGCAUAUCCAUUGGAAAAGCAUAGGAAAACAGCAAAAUUACCUUGCAAAUUUACCAUGGUAAAAUUUUAGAAGGGUAGUAGCUUCCACAUGAUCUACUGCUCAAAAUACAGCCAUGGGUGAAUACUAAAAUUUGAGCAGGCUUUCUCUAAUUGCAUUAAAUGUAUAAUCAGCAUUAUAAAAAAAGCCUGAAUAUCUCAGAAUGUUUUGUGAGAGUCCGACCCCUUAAAGUUAGCAAAUGCUUUGACUUACUGAAUAAGAAGCAGGGAGGUAAGGGAGGUAGGGGUCUAAUAUGUGCUUUUCAUGGGUUUCCGCAAUAGAGUAUUUAACUCCUGCGCUACGUGUGUUAACUUCUGGCUGUCAGAUGUUUACCACUGUUUUUUUUUGUUUGUUAAUGUUGAAAGAAAGCAUUAUUUGUUAAUCCUGAUGUAUUUCAUGUUUAUUUUGUAACAGUGGAAAGUGUUUGCUUAGUAUAGUUUAGAUUCUUGAAUGAUAAUUUUUUGGUCAUUUUCUAUUAGAAUCCUCCUAUAUUUAAAGUGGUUUUGAAAAUCAUUUACUUUAUCUUCAGUAUUGCUAUAAAAAGCUUUCAAAGCCACCAUAGAAGCCCUUUGAUGACAUUAGUACACCAACAUCAUUUUUCACAGAAUUUCUUUCUUUUCAUUAAAAAAAUGGCUAAUUCUGCACAAUUCUACCAACAGUUAAAACAGUUUGCUAUCUUCUUUGAAUCCGGCAAAAACUGUCACAAAAGAAAGAUCUGUGGAUCAAGUUUUGGAUACAGAUCAAAAUGUAUGUCUAUUUCAGAACGCAAGGCUGUAGAAACUGAUUUACAAAGUGACUGUCUUUAGUGCAUUGCAAGUAAAUUACACUGAAGUUAUAUAAAUAGCGUGCAUGUACUCUACUGGCAUGUUAGGCAUGGCUAGUGGAUUGAAGGUCGAGGCUGUAAGGUCUUGUAGAUUUCGUUUUUAUUGUAUGAAUUCAAAAGGAGCAUGCUGAAGCAGGGUAUAUAUUAGGCACAUGCAAUUCUUGGACUGUGCCAUUUAUGUUCAAAGUGGGGGUGGGGACAAUAAUAUAUGGUUAGAUUUUAAAUAGCGCUGUUUCUGCCCUAUUUUAAACCAAGUACGUUCAAAAGUAAAGGCAUGUGCAGUGCAGUGUAAAACCAUCAAGAAACAACUCAGUUGCGAGAAAGAGCUGUUCAUUUACUGUGUUGAGUAAUCUCUUGCAAGUUUUAUACCGUUACCAUUGUUUUACUCCCCUCUAAAAUGGUGUCUUUUCUUUUCCAUUCAGAUUUCAGCAGCUGCAUUCUCAUUGCUAUUCUAGUUAUAAAGGUUUGAAAUUGUAAAGCUCAAAACUGAACUGGCUCGCUAUAUUCUCUUGACAAAUUGUGUUUGUUUGCUGUACAGUAUCUCUUAAUAAUGUAAAAAACGCCUAUUUCAGCUUUCUGGAUUCAAGGUUUGGUUUGUGCUUAUUAAAAUUGGACUUGGUUUUA